CGAAACUAGUGCGAGUUACAGUAGGUUUGGCACAGCAGGUGUUGUCAUUAAUGUAUUCGUAAAGUUAGUCUUGUAUGCGCUUAAGAAGAAUGGCGGAAUCGUCUCAAAGUAACCUGGACCUUUUUACAUGUCCUGUUUGUCUCGAUCUCCUUAGGGAUCCAGUCACUCUUCACUGUGGACACAAUUACUGCACGGGCUGCAUUAAGGACUGCUGGGAUCAGGAAGAUCAGAAGGGAGUCUACAGCUGCCCUCAGUGCAGACAUACGUUCACUCCGAGACCCGUUUUGAACAAAAAUAAUGUUUUUGUUGAGCUUGUGGAACAGUUCAGAAAGAGCAGAAUUCGACCUGUUGUUCCUGCUCCCGUUGUAUGUGCUGGAGCUGGAGAUGUGGAGUGUGACGUCUGCACUGGGAGAAAACUCAAAGCUGUGAAGUCCUGUCUGGAAUGUCUGGUGUCUUACUGUGAAACUCACUAUAACGUUCACAACGAUGUAAAUCCUGGACGAAAACACAAGAUGGUGGAUGCCACUGGUCAGCUACAGGAGAGGAUCUGCACCCAGCAUGAGAAGCCUCUGGAGGUGUUUUGCCGUACAGAUCAAACUUGUGUUUGUUUGCUCUGUGUGAUGGAUGAACACAAAGGCCAUGACACUGUGUCAGCGUCUGCAGGGAGAAAGGAGAAACAGACACACUUGGGAGAGACCCAGACGAAAUGUCAGCAGAGAAUCCAGGAGAGAGAGAAGGAGCUGCAGGAGCUGAGGAAGGCUGUAGAGACUUUCAAGAGUUCUGCACAGACAGCAGUGGAGGACAGUGAGAGGAUCUUCACUGAUAUGAUCCGCUCCAUUGAGAGAAGGCGCUCUGAGGUGACAGAGCUGAUCAGAGGUCAGGAGAAGGCUGAGGUGAGUCGGGCUGAAGAACAUCUGAAGAGACUGGAGCAGGAGAUUGCUGAGCUGAAGAGGAGAAAUGCUGAGCUGGAGCAGCUUUCACACACAGAGGACCACAUCCAUUUCCUCAAGACAUUCCAGUCAGUGAGCAGCACACCUGAGACUAAAGACGUGUUCAGUACCUGUGUCAGCCAAAGCCUUUCUUUUGAGGCUGUGAAGAAAUCUGUCUCCUCACUAAAGGGGCAGCUGGAGGAUUUCUGCAAAGAGGAACUCAUGAAGAUAUCUGCAGCAGUGGCUAAAGUCCAGGUUAUGUUGCCUGCUGAACCUACAACCAGAGAAGAUUUCCUUCAAUACUCCUGUCACUUCACACUGGAUCCAAACACAGCACACAAACAACUCUGUCUGUCUGAGGGGAACAGGAGGGUGCAGGAGUGUGCUCAGGUCCAGCCAUAUCCUGAUCAUCCAGAGAGAUUUGAUAUGUGGCCUCAGGUGCUGUGUAGGGAGGGUGUGUCUGGACGCUGCUACUGGGAGGUGGAGCGGAGUGGGAAUUUUGAUAUUGCAGUCUCAUAUAAAAGCAUCAGCAGGCGGGGUGAUGAGUCUUGGUUUGGAUGUAAUGACCAGGCCUGGCUGCUGCGCACCUUCAACUCCAGCUGCUCCUUCAGGCACAAUAAUGAAGAGACUGAACUCCCUCUACUGGCCAGCUCCAGAAUAGGAGUGUAUGUGGAUCACGAGGCAGGAACUCUGGCCUUCUACAAUGUCUCUGACACAAUGACCCUCCUGCACAGAGUCCAGACCACAUUCAGCCAUACACUCUACCCUGGGUUUUAUAUGUAUAGUGAGUCACCAUCAGUGAAGCUGUUGUGAGUGUUGUCAGUUGGGUAUUGGUCUGGUAUGAGCUGCAUGGCCCCUGCUGCAGUAGGAGGCAUUAGUGGUUCAGCUUUGGGAACUGGGCUCAGACUCCUCACAAAUACACUGAGGAAAAGGAAGGGUACUGUAUGUAGUGCAGUGUAACAUACAUGUCCAGUUCAGUAAAAUGGUCAGUAGAGUAUUGCAACUAGGGCCGGGACUUUAGCGCGUUAAUUACGAUUAAUUAAUUACACAAACAUUAAUGCGUUAAAAAAAUUGACGCAUUUUAAUCGUAUGCCUAUUUAUUUUUGCACCGCGGAACGUUUCUCACUGGAUGAGUUUCAGACGGACCGAUUAUACUGGAGCACCAAGUAACGUGCAUGAGUCACUGAUCUAUGGUAUUCUUUAUAGAUCAGUGGCAUGAGUUCGGUUCAGACAAAACAAACCACAGUGGCACAGUGAACAUGAACAAAGAAGCUGAUGUGACGGCGUUGGUUGGCCCCGUGGAUGGGAAAUGUUGUUACAAAAAACGAACGGAUGGAAGCGUAGAUAAGAGCAUGGUUGUGUGCAACCUAUGCAACAAGGACGUAUCACCGCAGGUAGCCUAUCACCUCAGUGCAAAACAUAAAGCAGCUAGCUGCUAGCAUGGACAAAGUAUUGUGAUACUCCAGACACUUGAGGGAAACCUCUGAGCUUUAUUUAUUAAACAAAUAGCAACCGAGUUGCUGUUACAGCCACAACUCACGCUUAUAACAGUAAUCCACCGCACCUAAUUCCAUGUCCAACUUUCAUAGACCUAAAAGAAACUUCACACUCAAAACCGAAUACAAGCACACACGCACACACGUAAACUCCGCCCCCCAGUACCCCUUAAAGGGACACAACAAUUUCAUGAACUCAACUCAAGGUAACAGGUGACACAAUUAACAGGAUAUCACAGUAUUAUAGUUUACAGAACCUACCUAUCUAUAGGCUACAUGAAUUUCUGAAAAUGUACUAUUUCUAAAUAUGGUAUUGCCCUGGUCUGUUGGACUUAUUAAUAAACAAUAUUUUUGUUGCUUAAGCUUAGGCCUAUGUAUUCAGUCAUUAUCCAAUAGUAGGCUAUACUAAAAAUCCAUGUGAAAAAAAAAUACUUCUCACUGUUCUCA